CAAAUCUUCUAUUAGCAACAGUAGUUUCCGCUCUAGUUAUCUCUACGGGAAUUCAUUAUCCGGUGCUUCUUUUCGCACCAGGACAUCAACUUGCCCCAGACUGAGUGACCUGCCUGUCGAGUGAGUCUCUGAUGUCUGUGGAAUCGCUAUCUGGUCAUAUGGGAGAUGCAGAAGGAAGAGUCGCUUCCCACUUUAAGGUGGAAAGACGUUCCUGGGAAGGUCUCCGAGACAUAAUUCAUGGGAGCCGCAAAUACUCAGGGAUCAUGGUUAACAAAGCUCCACAUGACUACCACUUCCAGUCACGGAAAGAGGACAGUGGGACACACUCACACCGACUGUACUUCUUAGGUAUGCCAUAUGGGACUAGAGAGAACACACUUCUGUAUUCUGAAAUUCCCCGGCAGGUACGCAAAGAGACAACUCUACUUCUGUCCUGGAAGCAACUUUUGGAAAACUUUCAGGCAACACCUCAUCAUGGAGUCUACUCUAGGGAAGAAGAGUUACUCAGAGAACGCAAACGACUGGGGGGCUUUGGUAUUACAUCUUAUGACUUUCAUAGCAAGACUGGCUUCUUCUUGUUUCCAGCAAACAACAGCUUGUACUAUUGCAGGGAUGGCGGUAGCAUUAGUUUUUCGGCUUCACCUGUAAAACCAAUAGAAAUAAAAACGUUGUGUGAUGGACCACGAAUGGAUGCUAAGAUCUGUCCUGCAAACCCAGAUUUUAUCUCAUUCAUUAAUAACAAUGAUUUGUGGAUAGAAAAUAUCCACACCAUGGAAGAAAAGAGGCUAACCUACUGUCACAAAGGCCUGCACACUGUGAUGGAUGAUCCUUGCUCUGCUGGCGUGGCCACGUUUGUUAUUCAAGAGGAAUUUGACAGGUUCACUGGAUAUUGGUGGAGUCCAACUGUAGUAGACCUCCCAGGAGGAUUUUCUGUGCUUCGUAUCCUGUAUGAGGAAGUAGAUGAGUCAGAUGUGGAAAUAAUACAUGUCCCAUCACCAGCACUGGAAGAGAGGAAGACUGAUGCAUACAGAUACCCUCGCACGGGAAGCAAGAAUCCCAAAAUUACACUGAAACUAUCAGAAAUAACAACCAACAAUGAUGGUGAGAUUGUUGCUGCUCAGGAUAAGGAAUUGGUUCUUCCAUUCCAUUCUCUCUUCCCCUCAGCAGAAUAUAUUGUGAGAGCUGGAUGGUCACAGGAUGGAAAAUUUGCAUGGGCCAUGCUUUUGGAUCGUCCACAGUGCCUCCUGCAGUUAGUUUUACUUCCCCCUGAACUAUUCAUCCCAGUGUGUGAAGAUGAAGAGCAACGAAUACAAUAUGUAAAGAAGGUGCCUCAACAUAUCCAGCCAUAUGUCAUCUAUGAAGAAAAGAGCGACGUAUGGGUCAAUGUUCAUGAUGUCGUCCAUCUGCUAAGACAGGAAAAGGAGAAUGAAAUUCGAUUCAUUUGCAGCAUUGAGAGUCAGACUGAAUUCUGCCAUCUCUAUCUGAUGACAUCUCUGUUGCAAAAUGAAAACCGAGAAUGGUCACAAAUGACCAUCCCAUGCACAGUGGAUAUGUUUAAAUGCCAAAUAAACCAAGAGGUGGCCCUAACCAGUGGAGAGUGGGAAGUUCUGUGUCGUCAUGGAGCUAAGGUCUGGGUAAAUGAGGCAAUGCAACUAGUUUAUUUUCAAGGUACAAAGGACACUCCAUUGGAGCAUCAUCUAUAUGUUACAAGUUAUCAACACCCUGGAGAGGUGGUGAGAUUGACUGAGCGGGGAUAUUCACACAGCUGCACCAUGAGCCCAAACUUCGAUAUGUUUGUUAGUCAGUACAGCAGUGUGUCCUGCCCCCCCUGCGUACACCUUUAUCGACUCAAUGGGAACCCACUGUACCAGCACCCACAGUUUUGGGCUAGUGUGAUGGAGGCUGCAAGGUGCCCUCCAUAUUAUGUACCUCCUGAGAUCUUCCACUUCCAGGCGUCUAGUCAAGUGAAACUUUAUGGAAUGGUUUAUAAACCUCACAACCUGGUCCCAGGAACCAAACACCCCACUGUACUGUUUGUAUAUGGAGGACCUCAGGUACAGUUAGUGAACAACUCGUUUAAAGGAAUGAAAUAUCUGCGUCUAAACACUUUAGCCCACCUUGGAUAUGCAGUUGUUGUAAUAGAUGGACGGGGGUCCUGCCACAGGGGACUUGCCUUUGAGGGGGCACUUAAGAACAAAAUGGGUCAGGUAGAGAUUCAGGACCAAGUUGAAGGCUUACAUUUUGUGGCAGAACGGUUUGGUUUUGUGGAUCUGGAUAGGGUGUCAAUACAUGGAUGGUCAUAUGGGGGUUUCCUAUCUCUUAUGGGGAUCAUCCAGAGGCCUGAAGUUUUCAAGGUUGCUAUUGCUGGUGCACCAGUUACAUUAUGGAUGGCAUACGAUACUGGAUACACAGAACGUUACAUGGAAACUCCAGAGACUAACCAGAUGGGAUAUGAAGCUGGAUCUGCUGCACUUCAAGUGGACAAACUUCCAAAUGAGCCUUAUCGUCUGCUGAUCCUUCAUGGAUUUCUGGAUGAGAAUGUGCACUUUUUCCAUACUAAUUUCUUAUUGUCUCAACUGAUUCGAGCAGGGAAACCUUAUCAACUUCAGAUUUACCCCAAUGAAAGGCACAGUAUUCGAUGCCCUGAGUCCGGAGAACAUUAUGAAAUCACCUUACUGCACUUCUUACAAGAACAUUUAUGAGGGAACAUAAUUAGUGAAGGAAAUAAGCAAAUACUUCCUUAAAUGGAAAAAUGCAGAAAUGGAAGGCUAGCUACAAGAGAAGGAAGAAAAAGGAGAAAAGCUCAAAAUAGUGGAACUUUUGGAAUGUGUUUUUGUAACUAGCGUUGCAACAAUUACUGCUGAAUGGUGGUUGGUGUGAGAUGGAUUGGAGCGUAACACUGAUCACCAAUGAUGAAGUCUUCAGUUCAACAUCUAAAUUAAUUUGGAAUAAUGACUCUGUUUCAGUUGGGAACUUUUUAAUCCAGCAUUCUCUAACUACACAGAAUGAUUUUUUUUUUUCUCUCAAUGGGGUAUAUUUACCAAAGAGUGAAGUUACAGAUCGCCAGUCUGCUAGAGUGAAAUACCGCCCCUCUCCAUUCAUUUCUAUGGCAUUUUUAAAGGCGUAUUUAUCAAAGGGUGAACUUUCACCCAUUGAUAAAUAUUCUUUUUAAAAAAUCCCAUAGAAAUUAAUGGAGAUAGGUGGUAUUUCACUCUAGUGGACUGUUGUGAUCUCAGAUUUCACUCUUUGAUAAAUAUAACCAUUGUGCCAUGUUUCCUUUUCUCCCUAUCUAACUUACAUAGGUUCGCUGCACUUGUGAGCUCUGUGCGCAAGAUAUAAUAAAUGCCAGACGCCAUGCUC